GCCCGGCGGGGGCAGCGGCGCCAUGGCUCUGUGGGCCUCGGGAGGCCGCCUCGGCGCGCGUGGGUGCCUGGGCGUCGCCAGGCGACUGUGUCCCCGUUUCCGGAGCCUCGGCCCCCAGGGCGGGGAGGACGGGGACGGGUCACAGUCCUCCUUGAAGACAUCCAAGAUCCCCAAGAUUUAUACCAAAACAGGAGACAAAGGGUUUUCUAGCACCUUCACUGGGGAACGGCGACCCAAAGACGACCGGGUGUUCGAGGCCUUGGGCACUGUGGAUGAACUGAGCUCAGCCAUCGGGCUCGCCCUGGAAAUCCUCUCAGAGAAGGGCCACCCAAUGGCGGACGAGCUGCAGAGAAUUCAGUGCUUGCUGCAGGACAUCGGCACUGCCCUGGCGACUCCGCGCUCCUCGGCCAGGGAGGCACACUUAAAGCACAGCGCGUUUGAGGCAGGGCCGGUCCGGGAACUGGAAACGUGGAUCGACAAGUAUACGCACCAGCUGCCGCCACUCACGGCCUUCAUCCUGCCGUCCGGGGGAGUGAGCGGCGCUGCACUUCACUUCUGCCGGGCCGUGUGCCGCAGGGCCGAGCGGUGCGUGGUGCCCCUUGUUCAGUCAGGCGAGACAGAUGCCAACGUGGCCACAUUCCUGAACAGGCUCAGCGACUACCUCUUCACCGUCGCCCGGGUUUGCAGCUAUGAAGGAGGGUAGGACCGAGACGAUCUACAGGAAGGUUCGGCCGGGACCCCCCAGGCCUGAGCUGACAGGCAGGUGCAAUGGAGCGGUGGGCAGCACAGGAAGGAGGAGCCUCGGCUUCACUGACCCACAGGGGCCGGGCCAGG